GUUAUCUCUACUCGUAUCUAGAAAAUAUGAAGAUCGUGACUCUAUUCUUUGCCUGCGUGGCUUUGCUCAAUUUUCCAAAAGUCGAUGCUUGGGGUGAUGAUGCUGUAAAUGAUCAUGGUAGAGAUGGUACUCCACUUCAUAAUUACCACCGAACAGCUUCCCGUAUUUGGGCUGAACAUGGACAUACUCAUCCCACUGAAUAUGAACCUAGUAAUGCACAAAACCUGAUCUUUAUAACAAAAGUGAUAAAUGGCCUUACUGCCGAUUGGCAUGUACUAUAUGGAGUUCUCGUUCCUGAUUUAAGAAUUGCAACGUGCAAUGGUCCAAAUGGAUACGUCAUAGUUGAGUUCAGUGAUAGCGUACGAUUAUAUGCAUGCAUGAAACCGUAUGCGUUAUUUGAAGAUUCUACUACCAACGGGCAGUCGGGGAAUAUUGGUGAUGUUCCAGUAUUCCUCGCUCAUGUAUACAGAGAAGGCACGCCUGAAUUGGCAGCCGAUCUUGCGCCUAGAGAUGAAAGGUCAAGAUUAAACUCUCAUAGACUUCUAUUUCAUGGUGAAUCUGAAAUUGAAAGGCUACAUUCGCAACCAGUCGGGCACGUACGUUACAUAAAGUCUGUUCGAAUUAAUGCAAAUCAUUCGUUUGAUAUUGAUGGAGACUUGUAUAAUUUCGCUCAUCCAAACCACAGAUUUUAAAUCGAAUCCAAGAGAUUCGAUUCGGUAAACCAUCCAGGUCAAAGAAUUCCUGACUAAUUAUUUUUAAAAGGCUUGUU